GUUAGCUGGGAAGAUUGUACUUUUUUGUUGCUUCGAGGGGUAUACAGCAAACAAACUCAACAAUAUAGACUGAUUAAAAUGGCUGGGACGGCGUCAGUAGCUGGCGAAGUGUUCGUCGAUGCGUUGCCGUAUUUUGACCAAGGUUACGAUGCCGCAGGUGUCCGAGAAGCGGCUGCAGCGUUGGUGGAGGAGGAGACCAGAAGAUACCGACCUACCAAGAACUACCUGAGCUACUUGCAAACACCUGACUUCGCUACUUUUGAGACCGAAAUCAUGAGGAAUGAAUUUGAGCGUCUGUCUGCUCGGCAGCCCAUGGAUCUACUGAGCAUGAAGAGAUAUGAGCUGCCAGCCCCCUCGUCGGGACAGAAGAACGACAUCACGGCGUGGCAGGAGUGCGUGAACAACUCGAUGGCCCAGCUCGAGCACCAGGCCAUCCGCAUCGAGAACCUGGAGCUGAUGUCGCAGUACGGGACCAACGCGUGGAAAGUCUACAACGAUAACUUGGCCUUCUUGAUUGAGAUGGCUCAAAAGGAACUCCAGAAGUUCAGGAAGCAAAUUCAGGAUUUAAACUGGCAGCGAAAGAACGACCAGUUAGCCGGAGGAGCCAAACUGCGAGAGCUGGAGUCAAACUGGGUGUCUCUGGUCAGUAAGAACUUUGAGAUCGAGCGGGCCAUCAUCCAGCUGGAGAACGAAGUGACUCAGCUCAGGCAACAGCAGGGGGACGAGAACAAGGAGAACAUACGCCAGGACUUCUAGAGCAGCAGACGUCGCCCUCGUAGCGCUGAUCUUCAAACUGGUGAUCCCUCAAUCGGAGAGAUGUCAUCUUGUCUCCUUAACCUAACUGCACUAGGAAGCGACCGUGUGGAGGACAUCAUCCAAUACCGUUGACGUUCAGAAGGAGUAGUCCAGAAACCUCAGCGACGACACAUUUUACCCAUGAAAUGUGGCACAAUGCAGCUUUUGUACUGUCCCUUUUUUUUCUUUCUUUUUUUAAAGGUAAAAGGUGUUUGAAGCCAGACUUUGUAUGUUUUUUUUCAACACGAUGCGGCAUCUUGAAAAUGGAGUUUCAUUCAUAUCCAAUAGAUUACAUAUUUUACUUACCCAGUAGGCCUUGGUGACGAUUGCUCGCGAAAUAGAAAUGGAUUUCAUGUCAACGUUACCAAGUUGGUUUAUUGGCUUCAAGAUGAACUUUCUUGUCGUGCUCCAGUCAUACGAGCAUUUAAUGUCACGGGUGACAUUAUUCAGGAAAAUUGUCAUAAUCUGGCUUUAAAGCGUAACUCGACACCAGCAUGUAGGUUUCCGAUCUAGAGUCGCGUGUACAUAGGUUGUCAAGUCUGUCGGAAGACAACAAUUAUCUCAGUGAGCCCCGCCUUGACUUGCUGUCAUUUUUUUAUUAUGUAUUAAUAAAAUUAACAUUUCUUGUA